AUGCGCUGCUGCUGUGCCCUCGCAGCCGCAUGUAUUUGUUUAUUUGCUGUGCAGGGUGCGAUAGCACCAACGCGAGCAUGCGCCCAAAGUGACUGGCGCUUUAGCUUCGGUGUUUGUCAUGAUGGCCUCCGACAUAUUUACCCAUACACACAGAGAUGCGACGAGACGAAGAGUCCUGUGAAGCCCUCGCCACUUUUCAACGUGUCCUGUCAUAAAACCUGUCCUGCGGGGACACACUUGGCAGCAAAACUUCGAAAUGGCCUUACAAUGCUCGAUUGUGUGGAAUGCAAACCGGGCUUCUUCUCCUUGGGUGGCGGACUUUUGAUCUCCGGGCAGGCGGGAGAUUGGCAUCGGUCCUGGCCUCCCGGGCUCCGAAGCAGUUGCUCCUACCGACGCCUGGAUGGCUCUUGGCACACGGAUGGCGCCAGCACUAUUGGCCUAACGACCGGGGUUUGCCAGAUCCAGAUUCUGAGUCCUCCGACUGUUGCUGGGGCUUACUACAUCCGGGCCACACGUACCAGAAGCAAGGGGACAAGGUCCCCACCGGGUGUGGCUCUUUUCGUCUUGGCGCCGGGCGAUCGGCGCUUGUGCAGCAGGAUCUCGGGAAGCUUGCACCCACAGGCCUCUUCCGGCUUCACAGGCCAGAGGCCCGGUGAAUCUGAAGCGGACAAUGGCCGCCGGAGCCUGAACUUCUGGUUGCUGGCAGCAGCAGGUGGCUGUUCCCACGAUAGAAAAGCGCAGGUGGCGGGGAUGGCCGGAGCACAGGGUGUGGUGCUCGCCCCUGCAGCUAGUUUGGAGAUCGGCGCAGGUCCUCAUGGGCCUCCAGAGCACACCCCGGGGCGAGACAACGUUUCCCGAACUGUGCCGAUCUAUGAGUUCCUGGACAGUCAAGAUGCCCAAGUCCUCGCCGCGGCGCUGCGCGUGAGGCAGAAGGCAAGUGCGGAGGUGAUCCUCAAUGACACAGCCGUGCAGUUGUGUUCAGAGACCGAGCCCUCGGUCUUUCCCGAGAUGGGCACGCCGGGCAACGUGACGUACGGCUGCAAUGCUUGGAUGCCAGAUGAGCUUGGCAACAGCAUCCACUCUGGUGACAACCGUAACUUCAAUCGCAUGGUCUCUAGCUUGGAGCUCAGCGUGAACAUCGUGCGCAAGGAGGGCUACGUAGUCUUCCGCUACCAAGUGGAUGCAGAGGAGUGCACGGGUUCGAACAGAUGA